GCAAGCACAUGUUUGGCUUCUGAAACCUGUUCUUGUCCAUGCCGGUUCUCUUGUGUGCUCACUGCUUUCAGUGAGGAGCUCCACGCGGUUAGCCGGGGCUCGACGCAACAAUUACUGCUCGCUCGCGGCCAGUGGUCACCACGCGCGCCGCGCGCUGUUAAAACCCAGAGCCGGCUCGGCUACUCUUCCAACAGUGAGUGCCCUUCGUUUCACUUCACCACCUCACCUGAGCACCCCGCCUGUCUCCCAGUGUCCCCCGUCCCGUCUCCUCGCACGCCAAACUCUGCGCGCCCGUGCGCUGCCAAGCCUGCAGCCUCGACCAGGCGCGUGCCGUGAGCCUGAGCCCCAUGAGGCGGCGGCGGUGGGUGCGCGCCGCCGCCGCGGUGUGCCUGGCCAUUUUGGUCGUGCUGCAGGUCGUCGCCGCGGGCGAGGGGAGGCGGGCGCCGCCGCUGCCUCCGGAGCGCGCGCGCGGCCACGCUUACAGGGGGAGGGGCCUGCCGCCGUCGACGGGCAGUGCAUCGUCGCUGCCCGUGCGCCAUGAUGAGGCCGCCGCCGGCGCGUUCGUCGGCUUCAAUGCCGCCAGCGCCCGGUGCAAGAGCGGCGGGCGGAAAGCAGCCGGACGACUGGCUGCUGCGUGCGCCGAGGACGACGACGACGACAAGCGGCGCAUUCCGACGGGUCCCAACCCUCUUCACAACAGAUGAUUGCGCGACGGGGCACAAGAAACCGGUGUCCAAAGAAGAGUCUAACAAGCAACAAGUUCAGCGGGAACAGCGACAUGCACAGCCAGCAGCAGCAGGCAUGCAUUGAAUUGAAACCCUGGCCGUCUUGGUACUCAUGAAUUCAUCUCCUGUUUCUCCUCCUUUGUUCACCAUGAACAUGAACAUGGACUAGAUAAGUAUAUAGCGAUCUAGUAGCUCAGUUCAGCAGUGAUUUUUUUUAUGCUUAGAUUCUUCUAUCCAUUUCUUCUUUUUCGAGCUCUUGUCUGCCAGCACCCGGUGUAUAUUCUGCCUAGCUGUUGGUCUCUUGUUCUGUCAGAAAACAAGAAUUGCUGGGCUCAGCUCCCUCCCAGCUUUCCUCCGCGGGCGUUUGUUCCGACCCUGGAAAUGGAAAAUUCUUCUGUUCAUCAUUUCUGAACUGCCUCUCUCUGUCCGGCACAAAAGCUUCACAAGGCACACGAUCCUCUCUCUCUCUCUCUGAACCCAAAGAUUUCCAGCGAUCCUACGAGUAUCAAAUCUCGUGUA